GAUGGGGGUAAAAAUCCGGGAUUGGAUAGUGAGGGAGGAGAGGAGAUGAGGCAGAUAAAAGGAUAGAGUACAGCGUAGGGGGGAGAGAGGAGAGGGAGGAGAGAGAGUGUGUGUGUUGGAAAUAGCAACCAAAUCAAAUCCAAAAUUCCCAGAAUGGCGGCACCUCCCUUGAUCUCCUCUGCCUACGUGUAUUCGCCCUGCUCCGACUCCAAUUCCCCGUCCCUUCUUCUUCUGAGGAAGAAGGAGAAGAACCCGGGGGGAUCUCUCCUUCCUCCUCCGCAUUAUUUAUUGCCUCUCUUGAGUACUUACUGUCGCCGUCGGCCGUACUACCGCAACCGAGCGCAGCAGCAUCCAGCUGAAAGAAGCAUCGGAAUCCGCACCUCCCGCAAACACUUGCCCUUUCCGGGGGGAUUCUCAGAUGCUGAGGAGAAUAAUCUCCUCCAGCCAAUGCUGCUGGACUUGAUAAGGAGGCUUGCUGGAGGAGGUGCUAUUGCUUCCAUCCUCGUAUCGCAGUUUCUCGCCCCUUUAAACAAUUCCGCCGCAAAUGCUGUGCUUUACUCCCCCGACACGAAGGUUCCCAGGACCGGAGAGCUCGCUCUUAGGAGGGCCAUCCCUGCCAAUUCUAACGUGAAAGCCAUUCAGGAUUCUCUAGAGGACAUCUCCUAUUUGUUAAGAAUUCCACAGAGAAAGCCUUACGGUACAAUGGAAGGCAACGUUAAGAAAGCUCUCAAGAUUGCAAUUAAGGAGAAGGAAUCCAUACUGGGAAGCGUACCGGAAGAUUUUAAGGAAAGGGGUUCACUGCUGUAUACUUCUCUAAUAGAUGGGAAGGGGGCUCUGCAAAACUUGAUUCAGGCUAUAAAAGAGAAUGACCCAGAUAAGGUGUCUGUAAGCCUUGCAUCAUCUCUUGACACUCUUGCAGAGAUAGAGUUGUUACAGGCUCCAGGGUUGUCCUUUUUAUUGCCUGAGCAAUACUUAAAGUACCCAAGGCUAACAGGCAGAGGAACUGUUGAAUUUACAAUAGAGAAAGAUGCUGGUACCGCAUUUUUUCCCAUAGCUGGAGGGCAGCCGCAAAGUCUUGCCAAAAUCCAGGUUAUCCUUGAUGGAUACUCUGCUCCAUUGACUACUGGGAACUUUGCAAAAUUGGUGCUUGAUGGAGCAUAUGAUGGGGCAAGACUAAAAUGCACAGAUCAAGCGGUUCUUGUGGAUAGCAAGCUGGAAAAUUCUGGCUACAGUGUCCCACUAGAAGUAAUGCCUUCUGGACAAUUUGAACCGUUAUACAAAACUACUCUUAGCAUUCAGGAUGGAGAGCUGCCUGUGCUUCCAUUAUCUGUCUAUGGUUCCGUAGCAAUGGCACAUAGCACGGACUCUGAAGAGUACUCUUCACCAUCUCAGUUCUUCUUCUAUCUCUAUGAUAAGAGAAAUGCUGGACUGGGAGGGUUAUCUUUUGAUGAAGGUCAAUUUUCAGUUUUCGGGUAUACAACUAUUGGUAGAGAAGUGCUUUCACAGAUCAAGUCUGGUGAUCUUAUUCGAUCUGCAAAGUUAGUGGAAGGUCGAGACCGUCUCAUGCUGCCAGCUGAGACUAACCAGAAGUUAUCUUGACCCUGAACCUCCCUUUUCCCCCGUUUACUUUUGUUUUUAUAAGUUGAAGAAGGGAUUGACCGGGUUUUCCCAGUUCUAGUCAAAACUUUUUCUGUUGUGGUUGCUUGAUUGUUGUCUGUGUCAAUUACGGUCAGGCGCAUGUGUUAUAAGAUCAUGUAUUUACUGUAGAUCAUAGCUAAAUUCUCCUCAAGCUCCUAUUACAUUGCCUAUACUGUCUUUUAUUAUUAAAAUUAAACUCGAAUGUUGCACCCAAUAGCCAAUGGGAGGAUAGACGUAGUUUGUAUUGUGGAAAAAUGUCAAGUGACAGGUCCAGGUCUGCUA